AUGACACACAUUAAAAUUCACACUGGAGACAAGCCAUAUUGUUGCUUUGACUGUGGCAAACGAUUCUUGCAAUAUGGCAAUCUUCAGUCCCACACAAGAAUUCAUACGGGAGAAAAGCCAUAUUCCUGUACUGAAUGUGGCAAACGGUUCUCCAGGAGUAACAUUCCUCAUUCUCAUAGAAGAAUUCACACUGGUGAGAAGCUAUACUGUUGCUCUGUCUGUGGCAAACAAUUCUUGCACUAUAACAGUCUUCAGUGCCACACAAGAAUUAAUACUGGAGAAAAGCCAUAUUUCUGUACUAAAUGUGGCAAACUGUUCUCCAGCAGGUCCUAUCUUCAUUCUCAUAGAAGAAUCCACACUGGAGAGAAGCCAUAUUCCUGUUCUGACUGUGGUAAAAGAUUUAUAACCAGUGGUGGUCUUCAAAACCACAGAAGGGUUCACACUGAAGAGAAGUCACAUUGCUGUUCUGAAUGUGGCACAGAAUUUUCUUACAUGAGCACUCUUAUGACCCACAUUAAAAUUCACACUGGAGACAAACCAAAUUGUUGCUCUGUUUGUGGCAAACAAUUCUUGCAAUAUGGCACUCUUCAGUCCCACACAAGAAUUCAUAUGGGAGAAAAGCCAUAUUCCUGUACUGAAUGUGGCAAACAGUUCUCCAGGAGUAACAUUCUUCAUUCUCAUAGAAUAAUUCAUACUGGAGAGAAGCCACAUUGUUGCUCUGUCUGUGGCAAACAAUUCUUGCACUAUCACAGUCUUCAGUCCCACACAAGAAUUCAUGCUGGAGAAAAGCCAUAUUGCUGUACUGAAUGUGGCAACCAGUUCUCCAGGACUUACUAUCUUCAUUCCCAUAGAAGAAUCCACACAGGAGAGAAGCCAUAUUACUGUUCUGACUGUGGUAAACAAUUUAGAACCAGUGGUGGUCUUCAAACUCACAGAAGGGUUCACACUGGAGAGAAGCCAUAUUACUGUGACUGUGGUAAACAAUUCUCUACAAGAAGCUCUCUUCAAAACCAUAGACGGAUUCACACUGGUGAGAAGCCAUAUCGCUGUUCCAAAUGUGGUAAACGAUUUAGUACCAAUGUUUUGUGUUUUUUUAGUAUCCUUGACACUACUGGUAACCUGAGGCCGUACCAGCAGCCGAUUCAGGUUUCACAAGAGGAGAGCAGGGGAGGGCCGCAGAAGGACGUCAACCCAACAGCUCCUUUGUGUGAGGAGGAACAGGAGGAACACAGCCAGAACCCUACAGAAUGA